UUAAAGAUGAGCGAAUUAAAUAUCGAGAAGAACGAAUGGGAAGAAAUUGAGGCUGUCCUCACAAAAAAGAUUAGAAAUAAGAGAAAGAAGAUCGACAAGAUCAUUCAGACUGAAGCUAAAGUCAAGAAUGGAGAGAUUGUCCCAACUAAAGAACAACAGGAAAUGAUCCAGAGCAGAUCUAAGAUUGAAACACAGAUGCAAGAGCUUACUGAGAUCAAGAAUGGGGUCAGGAAAGAGUGGAAGAAAGUCAUGACAAAGCAUAAUAAAAUUAUCAAAGAUCUUUCAAGUCAAGAAGAGCUCAGAGAUAGCACUAUCAACGAAUCUUUGGGAUCAGUUGCAGACGCGCUUUUAGUGAAUCUUCUCCAAAAUGAGUACGACGCUAAAGAUUUGCUUGCUGAACAAGAAAAGAUUGGCUUGGAAGCUAUCAUGGUUCCAAUUAAGAGUCUUUUUACUCCUCCUGCUCAAACUCUUAUCUACAACAGAGCCAGAGAAUGCUUCCUAGAAAUUUUCACUAACUUUGUGAAAGGAUCUCCAGAUAUAAUUCCAGGAUCUGAGACAACUUACAAGGAUUUGUUGAAUGAAAUCAAAAAUAUUCCAGAAUCUGUUAGAACUUCAAGUCACAGACUUGAUGCUCAGGACACUUCAGAUGGUGCUUCUCCAGAGGUCUCUCAUGAGGAAACUGCUGCUGUUCAAGUAAAUAACGAUGCACCAAUCCAGGCUGUGCCACAGGGUGUAGAUCAGGAGGCUGCUGUUGACCAAAUUGUUGGAGAAGGUGAAGGUGCAGUUGAAGAAGAUAAGGAAGUAGAGGAUGAAACCUUAGAAGAAACUAAGGACAAAACAAUUAGAAAGCAAGACUCUAUGAAAAGCAAAAAGUACGUUGAUGAAGAUGGAUUCAUUUAUGCCAAGCCAUUAGAAAAGAGCAAAUAUGAAAACAAAGCUCUUCGUGGCAGAGGUAGAAGAGGCGGUGGCAAAGAGAAGAAGGAAAGACAGAGACAAAAAGCUAAGGUAGACAGAGGAACUAAGCAAUAUGGAGGCCGUGGAAGAGGUGGAAGAGGAGGAAGACAAACUGACAAGUUUGGAACUGACGAGCAUGGUAAAAAGGAUAAGAACGCCCAUGGAAAGCACUCAAAUUGGCACAAGGGAGAAGUGAGAAAAGUUGAGUAGAGGAAAAUGCGAAAAGUAAAUAGGAUUUCUUAGGGAGCUUGCUUAUUCUUUAGCUCUCCGUGAGAAAAAUCUAUAUAACUUUUAUUUUAAAGCAAUC